CAACUUAAUCAUUCGUUCACUUAGGUUACACUUUCACCUGGACAAGGAUCAUCAUGAAACUGUGUACGCUUUUCUUUAUGUGUUUCGCACUAGUGUCAUGUUUCGCGAAAGGCGACGAUUUAACGGGAAAAGCCAAACGGUUUAUUCUCUCAUUUGCAACUGACAAUGGAGGCGGCGAUUCGGGCUGUUCGGAUAAGUUAGGCAACUGUGAGGCGUACGGUGCCGCUGUCUGUUCAAAUUCGAUGUAUACCCAGUGGGUAAAAGACAACUGCAAGUCGUUCUGCAAUUUAUGCUCAAGUGGAGGCGGAAGUUUGACACCACCACAGCCAGAACCCAUCCAUUCUUCAGGAGGAUGUUCCGAUAAAUUAUCCAACUGUAACCAGUACGACCCCUCGGCUUGUCAAAAUUACGCACAAUGGGCGAAAGAUAACUGCGCACGGACAUGUAAUUUGUGCUCAAGCGGAUCUACAGGAGGUGGUGCCAUGCCGAGUGGUUCCGGAGGAGGUUCGAUAACUGGUACCUCGUCAGGAUGUGUAUACAAUGGCCAGAUUUACCAACAAGGUCAAACAUGGAAAGAUAACUGCAAGUAUAAGUGUGAAUGUGUAGAUGGAAAUUCUGGAAAAUAUCAGUGCCGUCAGCUUUGUCUCAAUUGGAACUUACCUUCAUCAUGCCACAUGGAUCCUGCUCCACCAGGCAAAUGUUGCCCCACCCCAGCGUGUCCACCGUCAAUCACACUUCAAUAUCCACCUGGUUAUGUCGCAGAGUGAAAAAAUAACUUUAUCUUACGAUUGUUGAGAUAUAAUUAUCUGUUUGUUUAAAGGAUUACUACUAAUAAAAGAG